UCAGCUCGGCUCCGCUCUGCUCCCUGCACGAAAAUGAAGUUUCAGACUUGAGGUUUUCAAUUUUCACGCAAUUACGUAAAGUCGCAAACCCCUCUUCAGCUCUUCUACUUCUGUCCGCCGCCGCCCAAUCCCAACUGCCGACCGCAGCGGAGCAGGUGGCCCUCGUCGAGUUGUCGCCGAUUGAAGGAAGUAAGGAACCCUGCGCGGCUGCGCGGCUGGCCGGCUGCGCUGGUUGCUCACUUGCUUGCCGUUCUCUAACUCCAUUGCAGGUUAAGAUUUGCUGGGGACUUCUUUUGUGGAUUAUCUCAAAAUCCGAGGAGCAGCACUAUAAUAACAUAUUCAAAAGUAUUUAUUACUUGGAUCCUGGUUCUGAAUGGCUAUAUCCAAGCUCAGUAACUUUCGGCUUCCGUUGAUGAACCUAGUGAGAAUGAAUGGAGUACCUAUACUACAACAGCUACAAUUGGAAGAAAAGCUGCUUCGUACUUCAUCAGAUAAUUGGUGCAUCAUCAAUGAUGGAACGCCUGAUCCUGCAAUUGUCAUGGGAAUUUCUGGGAAGCCAGCGGAACUUGUUGAUGUUAAGUCAGUGCUGCGAGAUAAGAUUUCUGUCAUCAGACGUUUCACUGGGGGAGGUACUGUUAUUGUUGAUCACGGGACAAUCUUUGUUUCAUUCAUAUGCAACAAGGAGGCUGUUCCUGGUUUGCAAGCAUAUCCUCAGCCAAUAAUGGCAUGGAGUAGCCUGUUAUAUGAUGAAGUUUUUCAUGGAGCUCUGGAUUAUAAGCUACGUGAAAAUGAUUACGUGUUUGGCAGCCGGAAAUUUGGUGGAAAUGCUCAAUCCAUCACUAAAAAUCGGUGGAUCCACCACACAUCAUUUUUGUGGGACUAUCAAGAUGCAAACAUGACGUACUUGAAAAUACCUCAGCGAGCACCAAAGUACAGACAGGAAAGGGAUCAUUCAGAAUUUAUUUGCCGCAUGAAGGACAUUUUACCGAGAUCAGAUUUCAUAGAUCGAACCAUCAAAGCAGCUGAAACCCAUUUUUCAUUGACAUCCAUUCCACUGGAUGAAAUCGCGUCUCUUUAUACUACGAAUUUUGAUCCCUCUUCCACAAUUCUUACAGCAGAAGAACUGGAGGCUACAAUCGAAACCAAAGACAAGAGUUUAUUGUCUCAGGCACUGUGAAGGACCUGUCUGUGCUGAUUUGAUGACUUUAUGGUAUCUGGAUUCGAUGAUUUUUUUUAUUUCCAUUACAUCGUAUUCAAAGUCUGUAAUUAUACAGUAAUUUUCAUAAUUAGAAGCAGCCAUUUUUUGAGUCACCAUUUUGUGGGUGUAAAAUUGGUUACUGUUGUAUUGAUACAGUUUGAUGAUUCUUGAAUAAAUUGAAAUUCCAUUUCUCCAUU